AAGAGCUUAUUUCUCAGCUUGCCAAAUUCAGAGUCACCUCCACAUUCUUUGUGUGGUGAGAGGGUGACACAUGAUUUGGGUGCAGACACUCCAAAACUUUUUGUGAAUGAUCUUCCUACAACUCAUCAAUACAAAGAGAGUAUUACCAAUGAUUUAGCCCUCAAAAAGACAGAUGGUUUGGAAAUGGCUGAUCUUACUUCAAUCAAGCCACAAAAUGGUGCUAACUCUUCACUUUUUGACACUCCUGAAAAUUUCGGAAAUGAGAAAAAUGAGAACUGGGCAACUUACCCAGCUCCAGAAAGAUUUAGAAGCCGCUGGUUAGGGGGUUGGACAUGUAAGGAAUUAGAUUCAUCUUCAUUGAACAAGAACAAUGCAAAAUGGAUGCCAAAGUGUCUUGUCAGAGAGACAAGCUUUCUUACAGAAUCUGCAUAUAUUGUUCCAGAUGACAACUCUCGUGUGCUAGAACAUGAUCCCAAGUGUGUCAGAGAGACAAGCUUUCUUACAGAGUCUGCAGAUAUUGUUCCAGAUGACAACUCACAUAUGCUGAAACAUGACCCCAAGCGUGUCAACGAGACAAGCUUUCUUACAGAAUCUGUAGAUAUUGUUCCAGAUGAGAGCUCAUGUGUGUUGAAACAUGACCCCAAACGUACCAUUAGUUCUCAGCUAAGUAUGCAUUGUGAAGGUUCUCACAAUAAACCCGAUGAGGGUGUAUUGCAUUCUCAAGAUAUGGUCAGAUGUUCUAGUCUAUCGCUGAUUGAUCCUCUUUGUUCAGUUGUUCCAUGUAGCAUUGCUUCAGAACAUGACAAUUACAAAAGUCUUAUUGACAAAGACAAUGAUACCGAGUAUUUUACCCUGUUAGUCUCUGACUUUGAGGUGAACAAUUGUCAAAGGAUCUCAGAUAAGAAUACAACAUUGGAAUGUAGAGAUGAGAAAAUCAUGGCUAUACUAGAUUGGAAAGAUAUUCCAAUUACUACAUCAGAGAUGGUUGAACAAAUGUCUGAGAAGUUAACCAGGGUUGAGCAUACAUGUCUUAAGACUUAUAGCGUGAUUUUACCAAACCAAGAUGUUAACCAAAACUAUAAUUUGACACCACUUUCAACUAAUCAGAGUAUCGGUGGAAUUGAUGCUGCAUCUUUGGGCACAAGGGUUUCAGAGUCUCCCUCUGCAUCAAAGGCCGCCGAUGAAAACAAAAUUGAAGUGAAUCAUCAACAUUUGAUUGAUCAAAAGUCAAUUAUACAAAUUACCGAUGACAAGAGUGAUGAGUUAAAAGCCUCAGAACUGACACAUGGGAGGAGCUCGCCUAUUAAUCUAAACCAUAGGACACGCCACCGCUUGGUGGGACCUAAAACUGAUGUAAAUAAUAUUUGUAUAGAGAAAAAUAUAGAGCAAUAUGUAGUACCGGAAACUGUUGUUCAGCAUCAACAGAACAAUAACCUUAAUAAGGUACAAGUCGAGGGCAACAAAUUCCUUGGUGGACAUGUUAGAGUCAGAAAGCAAGUACAUUUCUCAGAUAAAGUGGAGGAGCUUCCUCAGAAAAGGAAUUUGUCAAAGUUGGAAUCUUCGCAUAAAAGAUGUUCGUCUAUUAUAGCAAAAAGGCAACGGAUUUCAAAGUCGUUGACUGCUUCUGCACCUCGUAUGAAACAUUCUUUGACAAAUCAUUGCAGAGGUGUAGUGAAUGAAUUCAUAUUUCGAGAUACCGAGUUCCUCCUCACUGGAUUAUCUAGUCAGAAAGAAAGGAACCUGGAGGCACUUAUAAGGAGUUCUGGUGGGGUGAUUCUUUAUGAUAUUCCCUCUCCACCAAAUUCAAAGAGCAAAAGAAGUUCAACCCUAUCUUGCUUGCAACUUCCCAUUAUUCUAUGUAACAGAAAGCAUCAACAGAACAAUAACCUUAAUAAGGUACAAGUCGAGGGCAACAAAUUCCUUGGUGGACAUGUUAGAGUCAGAAAGCAAGUACAUUUCUCAGAUAAAGUGGAGGAGCUUCCUCAGAAAAGGAAUUUGUCAAAGUUGGAAUCUUCGCAUAAAAGAUGUAUGGAUUUAGUUCUGUUCGUUACAUUUCUCAGAUAA